AUGGAGGAACAGUCUCGGGUACCGACGAGCUCCGAGAGACGCAGGAAAAGGGCUUCGUCAAAGAGUCUCCGUUCCAAUCGGAGACAGGCUUUCCCGGAUCGCGUACGCUCCGAGAGGAGCUGCCGCGAUCUCUACAACAGCGACUGCGACUGCCUUUUCCGCGCUAACGUGAGAUCCGUCCGACGUAACGUGCGCUCGCCAAGAGUAAUCGCCGGAAAACAACGACAAAUACGGAGGACACUGUUGUUGGUGUAUUGUCUCUGGCUCUCUGCCGACUGUCGUGCGUUUGUUGCUGGUCCACCAGGAGCAAAUCAUCCUCAUCCACAUCAGCGUUUACAUCCGCAUCCGUAUUUUCAGCAAAUCCAGUAUCUUUGCUCACGUUCAGAGACGACGAGACGCGAUGCUAAAAGUAACAACCGUCCCUUUACAGAUACGGACUCGUCGGCAAACCCCGACAAUUCGAGAAGACCGCGUCCUCAAUACUCCAACGCUCAACACCGCCCCAAACGGAGGCAAAACAUCAAGUCGCAUCAUCGGUACAACAACCAGGCGACGGUCAUUUUCAAUCAACAGCUGCUCGAUAUAUGUCGUAAGAAGAAGGAAGCUCCCGCCAGUCGGAUUAAGGUCGCUGUACAUGCGCAACAACUGUUGGAGGAACAAAUGAAUGCAGGCCUUCACUACGAUGUGGUUAGUUUUAAUAUUGUUAUGCAAGCCUGGGCCCGACAGCACUCCUGGACGGCCGCGCAAAACGCCGAAAAUCUCUUGUCCAGGCUACUUUGCCAUUCUACGCUCCAGGCGGAUUCUUAUUCGUACGCCGCCGUGCUACACGCCUACGCCAAGUCCGGUGGUCAAGUUCCUGCCGCCCAACGGGCUCAGGCCUUACUUUCCCAACUGUUGACCCAGAGCACUGCCGGUGCGGUCACUUUGACCACGGACAUUUGUCACAACGCCGUGAUGGACGCGUGGGCAGUCUCCGGACAUCCCCAAGCCGGCGAAAAGGCCGUUCGUCUGCUACAGCAACUCGAACAGCAUCCCGUGAUCCAACCCACUCGCAUAUCCUACAAUGCCUGUAUUAAAGCCUACGCCAAGAGCGGUCAAGCACCACAGGCACAAGCAUUACUGGAACGGAUGCGGACCCUAUCGGCGCUUCGAGAUCCACCGAACCGCUAUACUCAUUUGGCACCCGACAAGGUUUCCUUGACAACCUGCAUUGAUGCCUGGGCUAAAGCUCCACCCAGCGCUACCGCGGCAGCUAGUGCUGAAGCGUUGCUCUCCGAUAUGGAAGAAUGCUACCAACGCACUGGCGAUACGUCGAUCCGUCCCGACAUCGUGUCCUACACUUCCGUCCUAGCGGCGGCCGCACGCAACGGGAUGCCAAGCCACAUGGCACUGGAAUUACUCUCACGCAUGGAGCGCUGCGCUCGCGAGAGGCCCAACGCGGCCUUUUUAAACACUUGGAUUCACUUGUUGGCCAAAACAAACACCGGCGUCGAAUCCCUACAGGCCGCCGAAGACAUUUUAGCAUAUAUGAAACGAGCCUAUCGAAACGGGAAUGAUCUCGUCCAACCUUGUAAGAUCACGUACACGGCGGUCAUCGCCGUAUUGGCACAAACAGGGACGAUUCCGGCGGCCCAACGUGCGUCCGAAUUGCUGGAUGAAUUACAAGGCUUAUGGGAGGAGGCGCAUUUCGAUAAGGCGUACUUGCCAACCGCCAAGACUUUUGCAAGCGUAUUGCGCGCAUGGGCAACCAGCAACGCACCAGACUCGUGGACUAGAGCGAAAUCCUUAUUGGAUCGGAUGGAUCACUUGUAUGCAGCUACCAAUUCAGACGAGCUGAAACCUAGCUCGAUUGUUUUCGCUCAGUUAUUUCAGAUCUUGUCGCGAAGUCGAGACUCCCAAACUGCAGCCAGACAGGCACGGGACCUGUUGCAGCGCAUGAGUGAAUUGCAAAAAUCCGGUAACCAUCAGGACGUACAACCAGAUGCUUCUACAAUGGCGUAUUUUUUGAACACAUUAACUAAGGCGGGCGUAGACAAUGUCGUCGAAUUGGCAACCGUAGUGCUCAAUGAAGUUGAAGAUGGUUACGCGGCAGGGAUGGGCCAUUUGAAACCAACGAGUCUACUUUAUUCGGCAGUAUUGCAGGCGUACGCGAAGAGCGCUUCGAAGGAGGGUGCCGAGCUAGCCGAGGCGUUGUUGCACCGAACUCGAGAACUGUACCGGCAGGGAACAUUGUACGCGAAGCCCAACGUGUUGUUCUACAAUGCAGUGAUUGAUGCGCAUGCACGAUCCAAUGGUGGGAGUGCUGCAGCAGAACGCGCCGAACUUUUGCUUGACGAAAUGGAAACGCGGUCCCGAGCAGGAGACUUGUCGCUCCGGCCAACUACGCGAAGUUUCAAUGCUGCUAUUUUCGCUUGGAAAAAGAGCAGUGCCGCUGAAGCACCGCAGCGUGCCGAAGCUUUACUCAAACGCAUGAAUAAGAGAUAUGAAGCUGGCGAUGAACGCUGUCGGCCGGAUCGUAUCACAUUAAAUUCGAUUAUUGGUGUAUGGGCCAAAAGCAGACAAGAAGGAGCGGCAAAACAGGCGGAAGAAUAUUUAGGAUUUAUGGAGAGUUUGUACGAGGGCGGCGAUGAAACGUUUAAAGCGGACUUGUACAGUUUCAACUCUUGCAUCGAUGCGUUUGCCCGACAAGGUGAUGUGAAAAGAGCUACUGCGUUGUUUGAUCGUAUAAAGAGUAGAUAUGAAGACGGAGACACGUCGUUGAAACCGAAUACCAUUACCCUUACUUCUCUGAGAAAUGCAUGGAGCAACAGUCAAGAUAGUGAAGACAAACAAAGGGAGCUCAAUAGGAUCGACAAACUACUACUGGCACAGCAAGGAGACGGUUGGCGAAGGAGAUCACAAGCUGUCAACAAGGCUUCCGCAGUGGUCGACUUGGAUUCCUCCGCUAGAGCCGUGAGAUCCAACGAACUGGGCUUGGAAGCACUGUCGAUGUUCGUAUCACUACGCCGUAAGCACACCGGCAAUCCUUCGUAGAAAGACAAUGUCUUUCUGAAAUUGAAAUUCAAUUCUUCACUGAGAACGUAUAGGGAGUUUCUUCCUCUCCCGCACAAAUUUUGCUCGGUGUUGCGUCGGCCAACUGUCGGGUGGCUACUAAACUUUCGGAAUCAAAAAGAAUCGCAUCCUACUCACAUCUUUGAUGCCUUGACUGAUGAGUAAUCUCACCAAAACAGCGCACCCUUCCAAUACAUCUUUUUCAAUUAUAUCGACGGCGUAGAUUUUUUGAUUGUCUUACUAGUGUAAAAGUAAACUUGUUGAUUAUAAAUACUGUCGAAACGAC